CACAAGGAAAUUUUUGACAAUGUACAAGUGUAAUCUGACCUUGUGCAAUUCCACUGGGAAAACUUGGCAUGCCAAGUUCUUUAGAUAUCCAGAAAAUAAAAAACCAAAUGCACACCUCUACGGUGGGUGGUGUGAAUUUGUGGAAGAUAAUCAUCUUAAUGUUGGUGACAUUUGUGUUUUUGAGCUAAUUAAGCAUCCUGAAAUCUUAAUGAAAGUGCAAAUCUAUCCGGUUGUCAAAAAUGCAAGCAAGGCCUGCGGGCCACAAGCUCUCGGGAGCAUAGUCAGUCGAGUUAAAACUAGGAGCUUGGUCAGUGAUGCUAAACGUAGUUGUCAACAAAGUGCACGUCCCCCCAGCUCCAGAGAAUUUAUAGACCUAACAGACUCGUACAUUGAGAGCUUGGAUGACUCUCCACUAGACCAGAAAACGAAGAAGAAAAUGACAUCUCCAAGUUUUCAGCCUUGUAAGUUGAUGAGAACCAAUCCAAGUGAAAGCAAUCAAGCUAAGGGGAUUAAGCUGGAGAAAGAAAAGAAGAGCUUGAAUUUCCAAUAUUUAACAAAAGAAGUUGGUGGUGAACUCAAAUAUUCUGUAAGGAAUGAUAGGGAAAGGAGGUCAAGUGCACGGAGAUGUCCGAAACCUGAUCCUGUAUACGGGAAACAAAGAGCUUGCGUAGGAGCUAGUGCUUUCAGAACUUCAAAUCCCUCUUUCAGUGUUGUGAUACAUCCGUCAUACAUUGGUUCUUCUAGUUCUCUGCAUAUACCGGUGGAAUUUGUCAAGAGAUAUUUGAAGAAAAGCGGAGAAAUGGUGCUGAGAGUUGUAGAUGGGAGGAUUUGGAUAGUUGAGUACAGAAGAAAAGCAAGUAAUAAAGGUGGAAAAGCAAAGUUUGGGAGUAGGAGUUGGGGACAGUUUGCGAAAGACAAUCAACUGGAGGUGGGAGACGUUUGUGUGUUUGAGCUGAUGAAUGAAAAUGGAAACUUGUUGGAAGUCGCCAUUCAUCGCAAGCAUUUACUCAUCAAAAUUGAUUAACUGAAAAAACACAAGUCAAAGUAUUUUAAUCCAAAUUGGAGCUGUUUGAUGAAGUUGACAACCAACAUUGUAUUUGAUGGUUUGUUCUUGGAGCUA